AUAGAUGAUGUGUGCUCUACCAAAGUCACCCAAGUCCACUUCAUCUGCUGCAACUGGCCAACAUCGGAAUACCUAUCUCUCGACGGGAAAACAUUCAAGUUUACGGAUUACUAGUGGUUUUGGAAAUAGCUGUGCAAUCAGGAUUUUAUUCCUGCGAUGUGGAUUCGACCAGAACUGUGACGAAGUUCAUAUCUUAGGUUGACGAAGUACAGCGUACACCCGUCCUCAUUGUGAAGGUGAUAAUAUAUUAGAUGACGAGGGAGUAGAUUAUACAACCAUUUGCAUAUGUAACUGUGUUUCAUCUGAUCUGACGUCCGCAGACCCCUCACUUGAAGCGAGGUGUUUUUUAACAUCAGCAUAACUAGCUCUAUUCUGGUCUUAAAUUGGAACACCCCGUCUAUUAAAGAAAACGUCAAUAAAUAAAUGAAUGAAUGAAAAUUGAUUAAUCUGGCGUUUCCGUCUCAGAGGUGUUUUUCUCUUCAUCACAAGUUGGCAACACAUGCAAGAUCUGGAUACAAGGUUUAGUGGACAAGAUGUAAGUAGCGAUUCUAGUAGUGGAUGAUCGAUGUGGUAUUUGAUCAGAGGGAUAUUUCAAAUUGUGUGUUGACUGAGAAGUUUCUAGUGGCAUCAUGUCAGGGGGUGGAAACCAAGCCGGCUUCCAGGGAUUCGGGAAGGGCAAUGGCAGACAACAGAAGAUGCAAAUGCGCGGUGGGAGCAGCGCGUCUUCCUCCUCUUCGAUGUCAUCAAACACGACGAGAUUACCAUCGGGCAUGAUGGCGAGUUCGUACUCCAGUUCGUCGUCUUCGUCGUCGGGCCCUUCCCAAAUCGGCCAGGGACUUCUUGGGGAAAAUGCCGGGUCAGUCGCCUCUGCAUUGGCAGCCACAAUGGAAGCAGCUUCCAAGGCAGCUGCAGCAGGCCAGGGGCAACAGAUGACGGUGACGACGGAGACUUCGACGUCACAGGUGCCGAGUCUCUCCGACGGCACUUCGCAAAUGAUGACCACCGUUACGACUAGGAAGAUGGCCAUGUCGUCGGGCGGUACGAUGGGAACCAUUGCGGAGAUGCCACCGUUUCCAGGGAACAUGCAAGGUUCGACUCACCUCGCGUCUCCGGUAUCCUCAGCAAACAUCCAAGAACUGAACCGAAUACACAAAGCGGGAAAUGCCGAUGUCUCCCGAUUCACGACCGAGGACUUCGGAAUGUGUCAUCGGCAUCUUUCGGAUAGCGUCACCUUGAGCCGAUUCCGAUCGAAGAACAACAAUCAAAAGGAGGAGAAUGGCGAUAAGAGAGAUAAUAUGAUAAAGCUUGCUGAACGAAUAAUGAAUACUGUCUUGCAAGCCGAGUCCUUUGCCGAGGUGAACGUUCUCAUGAAUCUACGUGAGCUAAGUGCCAUUGGACGAGUCGAUCGGAUAAGUUGCCAAUUUGCGGAGAUCGCAACCGAGAAAGGAUUUGCAGAUUUCUUCGCUACAGUCUGGCUCAAGCUUAAUCAAAUAGACAUCAAAGACCAGUUGACGUAUCCUGGUCAAUAUAUUGCUGUUAAUUUGUUGUUGGAUGCAACUCAACGAUUCACAGAGGUGAACCAGGCACUUUGCAAAGACAUGGGCAGACGAUGUCUUCCCGCGUUGCUAUCGAUACUCAACGAUCCUUUCUAUUCGUGUGACGCCCUCAACGGUGACGAUGAGCAAACGAGAUGGAUGUCCAGAAAAGAGUUCUUGAAAAAGAUAUUUAGCAUCAUUUGUAAUUGUCUGAGGAAGUAUCCCGAUAAUAGGGAGGUACUACGAAUGCACAAUGCUGCAAGUUACAUACAAACUUUCCUUGAAAGCAGCUCAUUCGUUCUCCGGGCGAAGGCCUUGAAUAUCCUAGCCUACAUUGUGACUGAAGAUGAGAAUGAUAAAUUGAACACAAGCCCAAAGAACGCUGAAUUUAUGGUAAAUGUUCUCCAAAGUACGCUAGCAGACGACAAGGAAAAAUCCGAUCAUUAUUCACCCAAUACCGAUCACUUUGCUAUCGAAGUCGUCGAAGCGAUACAGCAUUUAGCAGCGAAUGACGGGAACAAGGUAAGAAAAUUAUCUAAUAUUGUAAUUUAUACUUUGAUCAAUAAAGAUUGAAAGUGAAUUAUCGUCUAGAAAUAGAUUUUCGAUAUUUUAUAACAUACAUAUUUUGCGAUGUUGUAACUACCGCCACUACUACUACUACUAUUCCUACUACUACUGCUGCUACUACUACUACUACUACUUCUACUACUACUGCUACUACUACUACUACUAGUACUACUACCACUACCACUAUUACCACUACUACUAGUACUACUACUACUACUACUACUAGUACUACUAAUACUACUACCACUACCACUACUACCACUACUACUACUACUACUACUACUACUACUACCACUACCACUAUUACCACUACUACUUGUACUACUACUACUACUACUACUACCACUACUACCACUACUACUACUACUACUACUACUACUACUACUACCACUACUACUACUACUGCUACUACUACUACUACCACUACUACUACUUCUACCACCACCAACACCAACACCACCACUACUACUAUUUAUACUUAUACUAGCAGUGUCAUAAUCAUGUAUUUUUUAUAACAUUAUUCAUCAUUUUUGUUAUCAUUUACUAUUGUUAUUAUCAUUAUAGUUAUGACCAUGAUUAUAUUUUUAGCAUCAUUGCUGUUAUCAAUAUUAAUGUCAUCACCAUCAUUAUAUUAAUGAUAUGAUAAUGAUAAUGAUAAUAAUAAUAAUGAUAAUGAUAAUAAGACAAAAUACGGACUUGAAGAAAAAAAAAUACGGACUUCAAGAAUAAAUACGG